CUCUGCAAGACAAUGCAUUCCUGUCGAGUUUUACCUGCUCCUCUUUGGAUUUGGUAAUUCUGUAAACUUAAACUAUAAGUUCUUCAAACGGUCUGAGAGAGAGAGAGACUGAGCAAGAGAAUGCUCCCUCAGGUCAUAAGGAUUUUAUACAUCUUGUCUUUUUUCUUUUUCCAAGGGGGCUUUAUCAGACUCGGCUCCUGUAAAGAGGAGAUAAAGUCCUCCAGCAGGACAGCCCCAAAGCCUAUGUCCCCAUCGGACUUUCUGGACAAGCUGAUGGGAAGAACCUCCGGCUAUGAUGCUCGCAUCAGACCCAACUUCAAAGGACCACCAGUAAAUGUCACCUGUAAUAUUUUCAUCAACAGCUUUGGAUCCAUUACAGAGACAACUAUGGAUUAUAGGCUUAACGUCUUUCUACGCCAGCAGUGGAAUGACCCUCGAUUGGCCUAUAGUGAAUAUCCUGAUGCUUCUCUAGACCUGGACCCCUCUAUGCUGGACUCCAUAUGGAAACCUGACUUGUUCUUUGCUAAUGAAAAAGGUGCAAACUUCCAUGAAGUCACAACAGACAACAAGCUGCUGAGGAUCUUUCAGAACGGGAAUGUCCUAUACAGCAUUAGGCUAACACUCAUCCUGUCUUGUCCUAUGGACUUGAAGAAUUUCCCAAUGGACAUUCAGACCUGUACCAUGCAGCUAGAAAGCUUUGGCUACACCAUGAAUGAUCUGAUCUUCGAGUGGCUUUCUGAUAGCCCUGUGCAGGUGGCGGAUGACUUGACUCUUCCACAAUUUCUACUAAAGGAGGAAAACGAUCUUGGCUACUGCACUAAGCACUACAACACAGGUAAAUUCACCUGCAUUGAGGUGAAGUUUCACUUAGAGAGACAGAUGGGCUACUAUCUCAUCCAGAUGUACAUCCCCAGUCUGCUGAUUGUCAUCCUGUCUUGGGUGUCUUUCUGGAUCAACAUGGAUGCUGCCCCUGCUCGGGUAGGCUUGGGUAUCACCACUGUACUCACCAUGACCACCCAGAGCUCCGGUUCAAGAGCCUCUCUACCCAAGGUGUCCUACGUGAAGGCCAUUGACAUCUGGAUGGCCGUUUGUCUGUUGUUUGUGUUUGCUGCUUUGCUGGAGUACGCAGCAGUCAACUUCGUCUCAAGGCAACACAAGGAGUUCAUCAGGCUGCGCAAGAAGCAGCGAAGGCAGAGAAUAGAUCGAGCAAUGCAGCCAGGAAGCUUCGACUCACUACGGAGAGUGAACAAGCUCCCUGGCAACAGCGCCAGCAAAUUCAACCAGCACUGCAACACCUGCGCCAGGGAGGAGGAUCUUGUUCGGGAGAGCCGUGGCUUUUACUUUCGUGGGUACGGACUGGGCCAUUGCUUACAAGCAAAAGACGGGACAGCUGUGGAGGGGUCCAACGUAUUCACCCCACCACCCCCAGUGCAAGUGCUGUACGAUGGAGAGGCCGUCAGGAAGCGUUUUGUGGACCGAGCCAAGCGAAUCGACACCAUAUCCAGAGCCGUGUUUCCUCUCAGCUUCCUCAUAUUCAACAUCUUCUACUGGAUCACCUACAAAGUGCUGCGACACGAGGACAUCCACGCCAACCUGUAAUCGUUCCUGGUUAUGCCACUUGUUCAUCUUCCUGCUUCUUUUCUUUUCUUAUAUCUCUUCAUUUGAAUCAAAACCGCCUGUCAUACUCACACUAGAAGUGUAUUUCAAAGGCAUAUUCACCCCAGAAAUGCCGUCAGUGCUAAAAUCAUGUGCUCAGGUGUGACUUCUGGAUUUCAACAAGAUUUUAAAGUGCCCACUCAGAGCGAAGGGGGCUCAUAGAUGCAAAUGCUGCUGUUGGGGACCUGGCUCUCCUCUCUUUCACAUCUUCAUUCGAGUGGAUUGCACUAAUAGCCAGUGCUAUUGUCCUCACUUUGUAGGCUCCAUUUGAGUUAUUGGCUGAAAGAUUCUCGGUUGGAUAGAAAAUAUUGACUUGAAUUUUACCACAAGGCGCAUCUUUGAAUGAAUGUUUUUGAAAACCUCAAAACAAAUGUGUUUUUUACAUCCUAAAAUGCCAAACUAAUGGGCUGUGAAGGGGAAGAGUGGGAUUUAUUAUUCAUGGGAACAGUUACAGGGCAACGGUGUACUGUUUUACUAAAUAAUGAGAUUAUAAAUAUAUAUGACUGUAUAAAGUGUAUAUAUGCAGAGUUGUUCACAGACUGCAGACAGCACAAAUGUGUAUUUCUUUUUGUCUUUUGAAUUUGAAUAAAUGGAUAUUCU